UCUGUUCUAUGCUGUUAAUGUUCAUAUCUCAUUACCAGGGGAGGAUAGUCGCAUGGCUGAUGAACUGUACAAAAAGGUGCGUAUUCUUUGCUGGGUUAUGACUGGACCCAGCAACCUGGAGAAAAAGGCUCAGCAUGUGAAAUCCACGUGGAGUCGGCACUGCAAUAUUGUAAUCUUCAUGAGCUCUGAGGAGGACCCUGACUUCCCCACAGUGGGAUUAGGUACAAAGGAGGGUCGGGAUCAACUCUACUGGAAAACAAUUCGGGCCUUUCAUUAUGUCUAUGAACAUCACAUCCAUGAGGCUGACUGGUUCCUCAAGGCAGAUGACGACACCUACGUAAUCGUAGACAACCUGCGGUGGGUUCUUGCAAACCACACACCAGAUGAGCCGGUUUACUUUGGUCGAAGAUUCAAGCCAUACAUCAAGCAGGGCUACAUGAGUGGUGGGGCGGGUUAUGUCCUGAGCAAAGAGGCUCUGCGGCGAUUUGUAGAAGGUUUUAAGAACAAAGACUGCACUCACACUAACCCUGUAGAGGACCUGGCAAUAGGCAAGUGCCUGGAGUUAGUUGGUGUGUUGGCAGGAGACUCCAGAGACACUGUGUACAGAGAGACAUUUCACCCCUUUGUACCUGAGCAGCAGCUCACUGCCAUAUUCCCCACCUGGUAUUGGAGUUACUGCUACUACCCUAUCGCACAGGGUCCAAACUGCUGCUCGGAUGUGUCGGUGUCUUUCCACUAUAUGAGUGCUUCAAACAUGUAUUUACUGGAGUACUACACCUAUCACCUGCGUGCCUUUGGCUACAGAUACCGUUACCAGCCCCCUGCCCCCCUAGGCUACAAUGUUGAGCAGUCAGUUUCCUGGGAAACUGCAGAAGGACAAAAACAGCUGGCUUCUCUGGUGGUAGGGCAAGGACAGGCAGAUGACCUAUCCAGGAAUGACAAGAGACAGGAUGCUGAUGAGCAUCCAGCAGCAGGUUACAGACACCUGUAGAUGUUCUCAUUAUUGUAGAGGCCAACAGUCCUUUACAGUAUCCAACUCAGGGGGUGGAGGUACGACCCCUGAAAACAAUCAUCAUCCCAGGUAUGAGUCAAGACAGGGAGUGUGUUAGUUAGACAUUUAUUAAAGACUCAAAGUUACAUCGCUCUCCAAAAAGUAAAAACAGUUAGAACUAGCCAAUAGUAAAUUAAAUGAAGUAGAUUAAAUAUGCACCAAUGGCUGAAGCAGAUUAUUCUUCAAAGGUACUGUGGUGUUGUGGAUAAGGUUGAUGGUUUUAAAUCUUUAGGCAUUGUCAUAUCCUCUAAUCUGAGUUGGGGAAAUGAUUUUCAAGAGAUUCUUAAACAAUCUCAUCAGAAACUAUUUUUCCUGCAGCAACUGAGGAAAUUUGGAGCAUCUCAAUGAACAGUUUUAUCAGGCUGUGAUCAAAAUUGUUUUAACAUUUUCCCUUGUUGUCUGGUUUUGUAAUCUGACUUUGGAGGACAAGAAAAAGUUGGAUAAAGUAGUUAAAUGGACCUACUGUAUGCAAAUGCCAGGAAGGCAUACACUCCCCCCUCUAGGUCGCUCUGACCACAACCUUGUUCACCUGCUUCCUGUGUAUACUCAGAAGGUGAAAAAGGUGUCACCACAGGUCAGAGUAGUAAAGGUAUGG